UUUAGUAAAAAGUUCUUACCAGACAUCUCAUUUUCUGGAAUAUUGAAAGAAUUUAAGUACAAAAGGUACUGAGGUAUCUACUAUAAAUACCAGUGACACCAUCAGUAUUUCAACAAACCAUAAGUGCUAAGUAUAUGCAAACUUGAAGUUCUCUGAUCCCCUUAGAAGGCCAAUAUAUCUUUGUUUAGCUUCAAGUAGCUGACAAUUAUGGGAAUCGGCGGCAUGCCUUCUGUGAUUCUUGGUGCCAAGAAAAUCUGGAAGCUCCACUCUCUUCUUGCUAAGAAUGACUCCAAUGUUCCUAAAGGCUAUUUUGCAGUUUAUGUUGGUGAAAUUCAGAGGAAGCGGUUUAUAGUUCCGGUCUCCUACCUAAAGCAUCCUUCAUUUCAGAACUUGCUGCGUUAUGCAGAGGAAGAGUUUGGCUUUGAUCAUCCAAUGGGAGGUUUAACUAUUCCAUGCAAAGAAGAUGUUUUCAUUAAUCUUACUGCUAAGUUAAAUUUACAACGGUAUAAGUUGUAGCUGUAGCAGUCUGUUGUUUGUGUUGAUCAGAAUUGCCGACUUGGAUUGGUUAUUGUAUAUAGUUAAUUAGUAAGUAUACCUUAGCUCUAUGGAGACCUAGCAAUGUAUUUUACUCUGCUGCUGACAUUUCUGGGAAUAUAAAGAUCUAAUUCCUAGAGAGUUAGAAUGUGUAACCUCUUGUAAUAACAAAGCUACUUUCUCUUA